UUCACAGACGGCUCGUCGGUUGAGCUAACGAAAAAAGCCGACAGAGCUAUAAAAACCUCGGUCCUAACGCGUCCCAAUUUUCCCGGUAAAUCGGUAAAAUAUACCGAUAACAUACGAUAUAAUGGAUCACGUAGAAAAUCAUCGGUACGAAAAAUUGUACAAACGACAACGGCAUUAUCAACAGAAAUCACAACAGCAACGACGACGACGACGACAACGACGACGACGACGACAACGACGAUGACGAAAUUGCCAAUAAAAAUUGAUAAAUUGUCAAAUGAAAUGAAGCCAGAUGAGAGAGUUGAUUCGAUGUUACCGUUGAGUACGAAGGAGAAAAGAUUAUCCCAGAUGUACAAGUACGAAGAGUAUCGUUCAAAACGUUCCGCAUCUUCGCCGCAAUUGGCGAUAAAGCCGCAAUCUCGUUCCAAAGUGUACCGUAAAACAUCUUUAAAAUCAUCAACGUUAAAACAAUUGAACGACAAGAGUUCGGCAGAAGCGAGUCUCGAAGGUCAACCAACCAAGCCCUCAUUGACGAAUACUCCAAUCGACAAAUUACAAACUCGUGAAAAAUUGGAUAACACCGCGAACGAAACGAGACUCAAGUGGAACACGGAAAAUGUAAAUAUCACGUGUAAUCCCCUCUCAACCCCCUACCCCUAUUCAACCCCUUGUCACAAAAUUCCAAAUAUCGAUACCAAUAAUCGUUCUAACGUGCAAACCGAAGAUGAGCCAAAGAGUGGUCGAAGUUGCGGAAGUUUUUUACCGAUACUCUCGUUAAUACCACAAACAAUGGUCAGUCUACAUUUGUUAAGCCCAAAAAUGAAGUUCUCCUGGUGGCGAAACAAGAUAUCGUGAAGGCACGCUUAAGCGCGUGAUCUUUAUGAAAGCCCGCGGACAGCUUAUUAUUUUUUCUUCCCACCCACAAUCUCUGUUGCACCUGUAGCAAUCAGCGUAGUGAGUACGAUUGGUGCUACUAACAAAAAACAAGGCCAAAACGUGCGAUAAGAAAAUUUAAAAAUAGAUAUAUAUAUAUAUAUCUAAAUAUAUAUAUAUAUAAACAUCUCUUUUGAGUAAAAAACAAAGCUAUAUGUAUAUAUGUGCACCUUCCAACCACUCAAUAAGAGAAAACGAUAUAGGAAGCCUCGUCAGGUAACGAGAGCCCUUUUUCGAUCCCCACUUUUUUCCUACGAGCUCAAUGAAACGUCGAAGAGAAAAGCCUUCCUUCCGAUUGAAUUUAAACAAAUGAAGAACCGUUUAAUUUUUUUAUUGUUCAAACAAAGUUUCGAUGAUUUCGGAAUUAUUCCACAAACACCAAAGUAAGACGUUGUUGCAUGCAACGAAAAUACAAAUUUUCGAUAACAAAAUCAUCAUUUCCAAACUAUCCAUCUGAGAAACGAGCGUUUCUCAAUGGGUAGAAAAGUUAUAGGAGCUCACUAAGGAAUGCGUUUAUCGAUUUUUUUUCACUCAAUUAUUUUUAAUACUCUUUAUUUCGAACUUUUAUCUGUAUAUUGGUGAAUAAUCAGGCAGAGAUGGCGAAUUUUCAUUGUUUUGUUGUACGACCAUCGUUCGUUCCAAAUGAUUUCUAUUCCGUUUAUAAUUUGUGUAAUUUAACGACUCGCCGAAUUCGAAUUUUUUCGAAAUUUGUGAUAACGUAAUCCCGGAAUGAUUAAUAACUCGAACGCAAUAUUGAAUAUCGUCUGUUCAUUGUUAUUUUUGUUGAUGUUUUUCGUUUUUUUUUUUUAAUUUUUAUUUAAAACUUUGUACUUUCAACAGUUAAUAAAAAAAAUGGGACAGUUGAAGAAAAUGGAUACCCUAAAUUUUGCCAUCUCUCGUAUCGGUUCAUUUCACUUGCAAAUUCGUGCACGCACACACUCAUACACACACGCUAAAGAGAAACAGAUAUGUUCGUUGGAAUGAAUAUUUUCUUAAACAAACGAGCAAAGUACACGUGAGCGUGUCAUCACGGAUAUAUGUAUGUAUACAGUUUUGUGCAAAAGUGUCAGGCCUCCGAGGACUUUGGAUCGACACGAAGAAUCAAAUAUUUCAUUUAAUAAAUAUCGUAAAUUAAUUUAAGAAAUGCCAUUCCGGAGCAGACAAUUGCAAGUUUAUUUCGAUUUUACCGGUACAUAGAGGUGGAAAAAUUGUGACAAAUCUGUACGCAAAGAUACGUACAAAUUAGAAGCUGCUAUUUUUCGCUUCGAGAUGGUGCUUAUUGAAUUCAGUUUUAAUUCUGUCGACCGAGAUAUUCGACUUCGCGGAUCAAACAGUCGUAGGGGACCAAUACCUUUGCACGAAGCUGUAUGAUGUGUGUAUAGGCAGUACUACAGCUCUAGACAUUAUUUAUCUGUUGCUAACUUUCUCCAUGACAAAUAUCCAUCGAAAAUGAUCGGUUUUGUCAAGUAUCUUGAUUGCUGAACAUCCACGUGCUGAUCUCUUCGAUUUGAUUUUGACUAACGAAUCCUUCUUUAUUCGCAUAAAAAACUAUUGAUAAUCAGAGUACGAAUGUCGUCAAAUAAAGCAAAAGUUUUGCAGAUAUUUUCGUUAAAAGAUUCAUGUCGUGUAGGAAAUUUUUUCAGUGCUUAACGGACCGUGAUUUUUCGACAUUAGACACGAUUUCGCAUAGAGAUUUUUAAGAGGUAUAGCAAUACAUUUUUUUGAGCAUAGACGAAUAAUGGCACAGAGCAGUAGUACCGCCAUAUAUAUAUAUAUAUAUAUGUAUCUCGAUGUUUAGUUGUGUACGUCAAUUACGAAAAUGAUAGUCGGGAGAACCCUUAAGAUUAACGACAAAAAGGAGCAUACUCUCGCAAUCGAAAAGAGAAGAACAAAAAGAAAUGAAUAAAUAUAAAAAUCUAUAAUAACAACGUAGACGUAGAAUAAUUGUGAUCAUACGAAUUUAUUGGAUAAAGAAUGAAAGAAAAAAGUCCUCUUCUGUUAUCCGAUCAUAGCUUUAAUAUCACGAUGGUGUAUAUUGAAUAGACGAUGCUUUUUAUUUCAAUCUACUGAAUGGAAUGAUGUACCUCUUUUCAAACGGUUCCAUCUUUUUUCUCAACAGCGAUCGAAUAUCUCAGAAAUGUUAACUUCCAUGCUUCGUUUCGAAUGUUUCUGUAGCAACCUUCUAUUCGUUGCACAAAAUUCUUCGAAGUCUCGAGAGUUUCUCAAAGUACGAAAAUCCAAUACCUCUGGAAUCUAUGCGGCAUUAAAAAUUGUAAAAUUUCGUCGCUGUUGACUGGAGAAGAAACGUCGAGUGAUGCAGACAAAACGUUUUUUUUUCUUUUUAAUAUCGAGUACAGUUAUUCGUCUUACUAUUGCUUAGUCAUUCCUGUAAUUGUUUGAGACAACAACGGAAAAAUAUCACUAUACGAACGUUAUUUAUACUAAGUUGGUUAUUACUCUUCAUUAUAACGAAAAAUUUCAAUAUAUAUUCUCUGUAUUAAGAAUCGUCAUCUACCAAAUAUUUAAGAGAUGUUCAUUUAGUAUAAAUUUUUACCACCAAUCAAUACCGGAAGUGAGAAUGAUUUGGAAAAGAUAAGAAAUCAAUGUGUCCUGCUUGCAGAACGUUUAUAAUUGUAGGGAGCACAAAAUUAGAAAUUCCUUUGAAAUCUGCAUCGUUGGAAUGCACAUGUUCCAAUAUCUCUCGCCUAAAAAAUUCUCGGUGAUUUUUCUAUUGACGAAUCGGCUCCGAUUAUCGAUAACGAAUUUUCCGUACAUUCCAACGGUGCACUAAUAAAUAACGAUAUUUAUUUUGACUCUAUAAUUAUGUUGAGAAAAUCAUUAUUUCAUUGUCGAUGUAAAUAUUUAAGUAUCUGGUUGUUUGAACGAGUGAAUUCUCUCAUCAUUAUCCAUUUUAACGAUGUCCAUAUUUGAGAAAGAAAAAACGAGAUAAAAAGAAAGAUUGCGGUUAUACUUAUAAUCGAAUAGAGAUUGGAAAAUUAUUAAUGUAGUAGAAACAGAAUGGACACCAGCCUCACGUGAUUGACCAUGCAUUUUUAUUCAUUCGUACGAAAUAUAUUUUUCAUCAUUUUUUCGUUCCACAUUCUUACUUUUUUACUUACUGCCUUGUUUUAUUCUUUUCUAUUUUUUUUUGUUAUCUCUACAUCGAUCAGACGAGGAUAAUUUUUUCAUUUUAUUCUUUCUCCAUUAUGACAUUUUGAAAAAAUAAAUAUGCUUCAGGGCCAAUAAAUAUGUUUUGUACAUUCGCCAGAAAAUAGAGCGAUCAUCGAGCUCCAUUUAUUUUCACAGAACCUUUUCACGAACGUUGUAAUCACUCGUUUCCAUCAAUUUCAGUUGACAAACAAAUAUUCCUAUCGUCCUGAGACACGUGAAAUUUAAAAAAUUCUUACAGAGGCAAAAAAAUAAUCAUUUUUUUCGUCGAUACGAUCAAUAUUCGCCAAUUCCUCCCUCAAAAUCAAACAUUUGCAGAAUCUCAUGUUCACGUUGGCAGAAUUUCAUAAAGCGAACCAAACUCUCAAAACUAUCAAUGUUUGAAUGGUCAAAAGUGCGAUAAAACAAAAUCAGGCAGAAGCAUUCAAAUAAAUAGUUCAAUGUGCAGAAUAAAUUUUCACCUCGAUUUCAAGAUAACAAUCAUCACUAAUAUGUAUGAUGUUAAGUUAGUAUAUAUCGAUAGUCGAUGAUUAAACAUUUUUAAAAAUACCAUUAAAGAUAAACUCUAUCGUUUGACUUAGAUUACGAUUGCAUGCAUAAUGAAAUAAUUUAUGUAUCACAUUAGACGAAUAAACAUUACAUUUA